AGAUAGUUUGUCAAUAACCUCAAUAUGACACGAAUGCUUAUCGUUUCUAAGUUGCCUGCAAGAAACGGCUUUGACAUUGUUUUAGAUCACGUGUCUGUCUAGUGUAAGAAUCCUCCACGAUUUCAUCAGCACUGGUUGAAACAUAUACCCCAUCAAUAGAAACGUCAACAUAUAUUCUCGCUGCCAUUGUCAACAAAAAAGUUUUGUUUUGUCCUUUUGUCUCACUUGAGAGUUAGAAACGACGACCUUCUGUGUCCGUGUUGCUGUGAAUCUUUUACACAAAAGAGCGAUAGUUGUGACAGAGAGGCAAAGUUCUUCACUUCGAAACAUGCCAAUGGCAAUGGCGUUGAUAAUGGAAAAUGAAGACCCAUGCAGUGUAGAUUUAAAGGAGACGCUGGAGCUGCAGCUGUCGGAGGUGGAGAUGCUGCAGAGCAUGUUCCCUAACCAAGGAGAGUUCAAGAUGGAGGACGGACCCGAGUCCCUGGAGGAAAUACAGGCUUUCCUUGACAACAAGAUCAGGGCGGAGUUUCUGGAGAGCCGCAUUGGAUUCAUCGUCAAGAUCACAACAAAUAAGAAAACAGCCGAGCUGGUAUGUCACCUCCCCCACGAUUACCCCAACGCAUCCCCCGAGGUCUUCAUCCGAGCUCACCACCUCAACCGAGAGUCCCACGCACAACUAAACGAGGACCUCAACGAGUUUCUCACAACGCUCGACCGAGGAGAAAUAUGUAUAGGUUCUGUGAUCGAGUGGCUGCAGGAGAACCUCCCUCACUAUGUCCAAACACAAGACACCCAGGUCCAGCAAGAGAAGAAAGCUCCAUCUAAAGUAGACACAGUGUUCACCCGACUCUGGAUCUACAGUCACCAUAUAUUUAGUAAAUUCAAACGUCGAGACAUCCUGGCCUGGGCAGGUGAGCUGAAGGUAUCAGGGUUUUGUAUGCCUGGUAAACCAGGAGUUAUUUGUAUUGAAGGAUAUAGUAGUGAGGUGGACGAGUUUUGGUAUCGACUCAGACGAUUAAAUUGGAAGAAAAUUGCAAUUAAGGAAAAAGAAGUUGAAGAGAUGGGGAAGAAAGAUAUUAAAUAUUUUAGAAAAUUUUCAACUUUUGAAGAGGUUGGGUUUGAUGUUCGGAGUGGAAAAGGGAGAGAAUAUCACAUGGAUUUAGGCAAGUUUUUUGAGUUUCUUGAAGAGCACAAAUGUGGAAAAAUCUUCAGUUUGUAUUUUGGUGUGGAGGGCAAAGCUGGUCCUGCUGAAUAAGCUAUGUCAUCUUUAAUUUCUUUGUCUUUAUUACAUUUGUACGGUGGCCCAUAAGGGACUUUCACUUACUUUUAUCGUAUCCUUUAGCAAAU